CGUUCCCAACCCUACGAGUGAGGCGUAGUCUACAUGGACACGAGAAUGAGAGAGACCUGGAUCAGUGGCCUCUGUAUUGCAGCCUGACACCUACUGUUUCUCAGGUCAUCUCAGGUCUCUGUUCACUCUACUGGCUCAACAUGGAGCUGUGCUUUAAACUACAGAGCCAAGGUCUGUGGGAGCUGUACGCAGAUAUGGAGCUGAAAAUGAUCUCUGUUCUGGCAGCCAUGGAGAGCCAUCGCAUCCAUGUGGACAAAGAAGCUUUUAGGAGAACUUCAGACCUGCUCGGGACGAAGAUGAAGCAGUUGGAGCAGGAGGCCCACCAAGCAGCAGGACAGAUAUUCCUGGUCACCAGCAACUCUCAACUUCGAACAGUCCUGUUUGAGAAGCUUUGCCUCCAUGAGCGCUGCGAGAACAAGAAACUUCCUAAGACCAUCAACAAACAGCAGCAGUCAACAUCGGAAGCUGCAUUGCUGCAGCUCCAGGACCUGCACCCGCUGCCAAAGAUCAUUCUCGAGUACAGACAGAUUCACAAAAUCAAGUCCACUUUUGUUGAUGGGAUUCUCUCCUGCAUGAUGAGCAAGAACUACGUUUCCUCUACGUGGUACCAGACGAGUGUGGUGACAGGGAGAAUCUCAGCCAAGCACCCAAACUUCCAGGCCCUGCCAAGACAGCCACUUCAAAUCACCAAGAAGCAGUACAUCCAAGGAAAGGAGGAAGAAGUGGUGACUGUUCAUCCUCGGGCAAUGUUUAUUCCUCAGGAGGGGUGGACUUUUCUCGCAGCAGACUUCUGCCAGGUGGAGCUGCGUCUGCUGGCUCACCUCUCCUCUGACCCUGAGCUGCUCCGCAUUUUCAUCAACCCGCAGGCGGACGUCUUUACCAUGUUGGCCUCUCAGUGGAAGGGAGUGAGUGCGGGUGAGGUGACUUUUGAGGAUCGGGAACAUGCCAAACGCAUCGUCUACUCUGUUGUGUACGGCGCAGGUCGUGAGCGUCUAUCAGGGAUCCUUGGGGUGAGUGCUGAGCAGGCCAGCCGAUUCCAGGACAGCUUCCUACAGACCUACAAAGAAGUCCAGGCCUUCAUCCAGAGGACCAUCCAGCAGUGUCACAAACAAGGUUAUGUGCUCUCCAUCAUGGGUCGUCGACGGACCCUCCCUAACAUCAACUCCAAUGAUUGGGGCAUCCGCAUGCAGGCUGAGAGGCAAGCUGUCAACUUUGUGGUCCAAGGUUCUGCUGCUGAUCUCUGUAAGAUGGCCAUGAUCAGAAUCUUUAACCUGGUCUCCUCCUCCAGCUCACUUUCUGCCAGGCUGGUGGCACAGCUCCACGAUGAGCUGCUGUAUGAAGUGGAGGACUCCCAGGUGGAACAGUUUGCAGCACUGGUGAGGAGCACCAUGGAGUCCCUUCAGCACAUAGACCAUCUGGGAGUCCAUCUUAAGGUCCCCCUGAAGGUGGCAGUCUCCAGUGGCAAGUCUUGGGGAUCCAUGUCUGAGCUUAACAUCCCUCCAGUGUCUCCUUCUCUCUGAGUGCUUCCUCCUCCCUCCGUUAUUUUUGCUCUCUCCAUCUCCCCGCCCUUUUGCCUCUUCCACUGCCACGCUGCUGUAUUUAAUACACUUCUCUUGCUCUGCUCCCUCGCACUCCCUCUUGGUAUGUUCUCAUAUUUCUGCCUCCGAGUCUCUCUCUCUCAUCGUCUUUCUCUUUCGCUCAGUCUGUCCCUCCCUCUCUCUUCGCUUGUCCUGCAUCCACAUUGCCAUGGAAACCAGGCAGCUGCAGCUCCUUCCAGCUCCCAGCUCUUGCUUUCACUCCAUCCGUAUCCGGGGGCAACGGCAGGAGCCACAGACUGGAUCGCUCUCCUCCAUCCUGCAAAAAAAAAAAAAGAUUUCUUGUCCUCCUCCUCUCCUCCUCCGUUUUCACACUCUCUUGUUAAGACCAACGCUGUUUUCUCUGCCUUGUUGCCAAGGUGAAUCUUUGAGAGAGUGCUUGGUAUUUAUUGGUUCAUAAAAUUUGUUGUUGAUAUGGUUUUUAAAAAGGCGUAACGGUUGAGCUACACUUGCAAUAUG